UUGCGACGCGCGUGGAAAUUGCAGAGCCUUCCCCCCACCGACGCUACAGCGUCAGCGUCGUCUCUCAGCUCAUCUCAGGCUAAUCGGGGUUUCGAUCAUUUGUGUGGAAAUUUUUGGAGUUUGGUGAGGUUUUGAAGCUGAAUUGAAGUCGUGUGGGAUCAUGAUAAUGAUAAUUCAGUGGUGAUGAGAAUUGAGGAGUUGGAGUUUAGUAAAGACACUGGAUUAUGUUACCGAUGGGGUUGCGGUAUAUAGCCAUAUCUGUGGUGUGUACAGCGUUGAGCUUUGCUGGUCUACAGUUUUGGACCGAGACGUCGCUGGUUAAACUAAAAUCGGAUGGACUCCUUGCGGAGAAUUUGAUUCCAGCGGCCAAUGUUGGCCAUGUUGUUGAUCUGCUUUUGGGAUCCUAUGCUACUGUUGCGCUGCUGGCAAAUUUUGUACUCAAUGCGUUUAUUCUACUUGUUCUAUCUCUCAAGACUAUAUUCUUCGGCGAGUUGUAUCCUUCUGAAACUCGAAAACUGUUCGAACGCCUUCUCAAUUAUAUAGUUUACAAGGGUACAUUUCUACCUCUGGUUAUUCCUCCAACGAUAUAUCAUACAGGCUUGUGGUCAGUCUGGUUGAUUGUACUUUGUUCUUUAAAGAUGUUUCAAGCUUUGGCUAGAGACCGGCUUGAACGCUUGAACGCAUCUCCCUCAGCUACACCAUUGACAUACUUUCGUGUGUAUUCAGUGUUGUUGUUUGUGUUCACCGUAGACAUUUUCUGGAUAAGGCUGUGUCUGAUGAUAUACAACACACUGGGUGUAUCUAUGUUUCUGUUGUUGUUAUUUGAGCCUUUCAGUAUUGGAUUUGAGACACUGCAGGCUAUUUUGGUCCAUGGAUUUCAAUUACUUGAUAUAUGGCUCCACCAUUCAGCAUGGAACGAUGCAAAUUGUGAAAGAUCAAAAUUAUUUGAUACAUCAGCAACUGGUUUGUUGUUGGAAUGGAAAGGGAGUCUUACUCGGAAUUUGGGUUUUGUCCUGGACAUGGCAACUUUGUUAAUGGCUCUUGGUCACUACGUGCAUAUUUGGUGGCUCCAUGGCAUGGCAUUCCAUUUUGUGGAUGCGAUCCUUUUUCUAAACAUACGUGCCUUGCUAAGUGCAAUUAUAAAACGCAUAAAAGGGUUCAUGAAACUGAGAAAAGCAUUGGGUGCUCUCCAUGCAGCCCUUCCAGAUGCAACAUCUGACGAGCUACGAGCUUAUGAUGAUGAAUGUGCGAUCUGCAGGGAACCUAUGGCCAAGGCUAAAAGACUACACUGCAGUCACCUAUUUCAUCUUCCAUGCUUGAGAUCUUGGUUGGAUCAGGGUUUAAAUGAGGUAUAUUCUUGUCCGACUUGUCGCAAGCCACUGUUUGUAGGCAGAACUGAAAAUGAAGCACAUCCCCGCAAUGAAGAAACUUCGAAUGAUGAGCAGCUUGCUCGUCAAAUAAGUUCAGGACUUGAUAGACAAAAUAGUUCUGGACAUACACUCCCUACAGGUGUUUUCCCCAAUCAAACUCAAAACCCUGCAGAAGGUCCUUGGAGGACUGCAGGACUCGAUCCAAAUUGGUUGAACACCUGGCCAAGCCAAGGAGUUGAUGGGGCAGGUCCUUCUACUGCUAUAGGAUCUGUCGGACUGGGGAGAGUACAGAUGAUGAUGAGGCAUCUUGCCUCUGUUGGAGAAACCUAUGCCCAGACAGCACUUGAAGAUGGUGCAUGGAGUAUCUGGCCUAUGAAUCCAUCUCAAGCCACCGCAACUGGUCAACCCAUUCCUCCUGCUGGCGAUGGAAGAUACCCAGUAGGAACACGCAAUUUACAUAUGAGGUCACCUUCACGCACUGUGAAUGACAACAUAGCAAACAUACUUGCUAUGGCCGAGACAGUACGGGAAGUUUUGCCUCAUAUGCCCGAUGACAUAAUUUUCCAGGAUUUGCAGCGGACAAAUUCUGUUACAGUUACUGUGAAUAAUCUUCUCCAAAUGUGACAAGGCGCUGUACUUAUCGUUUUUGUUGUAAUGUGUUCCGAGUACUCAAAGACUAGUUGAGGUCGCUCGCUCUGUGUAUAUAAAGGCUGCUCACCGAAUCACUUUUACCAAAGGAAGGAAAAAAGAGGCACAAGUAUAGUCUUUAUUUUUGUAAUCCCCCUGUGGAAAAAUAAAUUUGCUUUGUAUCAUUACAAUUUACAGAUGGAUAGGUUGUUAUUUUACCAUUUCGAUUUCGAUUUGGUUCCACCAGAUAA